AUGGGUCGCUUUACUCACAUCUUCCCCGGCCGGAUUGUCGGCCGCGAAGCAGGCUCUUCGCCGGGUCGCAGGCGGGCGGCGUUGUGCAUGUCCUUGGUGGUCUUUGUGUUACUAUUGACUUAUCAGUUGGUUCUCGGUCGAGAUGCCUUACAGUCGGUAUCCAAGUGGAAGCUUGGCCCAUCACACCGACCAAGUCAUUCGGAUAUCAACGUGGAUGACACGAACGAUUCCCACUCUUUCACAACGAUAGAAUCACCACCACCACAACAGGAAGGUGCUGGCGCUCUCAAAUCUGCCGAUGUCUCGUCUUCACACUGGGACGAUCCUCAUCAUUCAGUCAAGCCCCGAGAAAAAGAACUGGUGAUCGCGGCCAUGAGCAGCAGCAACAUGUCGUGGGUGGAGGAUCAUGUGCCUGAUGAUUGGUAUGCGAACAUCUACCGGGCAGAUCUGGCUCUUGGUGAGGCCGAGCUCACGGUCCCUGUGAAUAAGGGCAACGAGGCCAUGGUAUUUCUGACCUAUAUCAUUGAUCGAUAUGAUCAUCUCCCGGAUGUAUCUCUAUUCCUGCAUGGAGAUCGAUAUCAGUGGCAUAAUGACAACCCACUCUAUGACUCCGUUAUCUCCAUCAAAGACCUUCAACUCGAUUAUGUUCAAGAAGCAGGCUACGUCAACCUCCGGUGCACCUGGAUCGUCGGCUGUCCCGCCGAACUCGAGCCCGCUCGCUAUCUCCGCGACAGACCGCACGACCCCGAUCACCCCACGGCGAUGGAAUUUCCCGAUCACUUCAUGGCCCUGUUCCCGGGGGAACAAGUGCCCGAGAUCUCAUGUUUGGAAAACCUGCGCAAUAUUGCCCAGAUGCGCGACAGUGUUAUUGUCGAACCUACGGAUACUGCAACAUGA